CGCGUGAGAAAACAUGGCCGACAAAAAGGCAAAACCGGCACCAAGUCCGGCGGCAUUUACUCCACCAAAAUGGUAGUUUAUUACUGGUGUUGUUGGAUAUUUUAUUUGAUAAUUCUUUGUUAACUCGUGUAUUUAUUACAGGGCAGGAAAACCUUCGGUUGGAUUGCAUUUGGACGUGACGAAAAAUGGCAACGUGGUUGAGGUAAACAAGUAGUGUUGUUCUCCAGACUUCUCCUGCCUUGCCAGUGGUGGGCAAGUUAGACAUGAUAAUUUGUUGCCCGAAAUAAAGUCUAGUUUAAUUCUAGUUUUGCCCUCACACUAAGGAUUGAUUAAUCAACAUUCUAAGGCGAUGUCUAUAUUAUACGGAGGCGACCCAAGCUAGUUUGCAUUGCGAGCUGAUUUCAUGAUUUUCAUCCAGCGUUUACAUGAGACUUUUGAGACAGGCUGGCUCGCCAAAACAAACCAUUGGUCUCACCCAUAUAAAUUGUGUAAUACAAAUAUAUUUUUCACAGACCUGAAAUUCGCACUUUCGCGAGCAUUACUUUCACGGAUAUAACCCACAGAAUCAUUCACAGAGACGUUUUUACUUUUAAGAUCAAAAUCUGUCGAAAAAAUCUUAUUUACAACAAUAUAUUCGUAUGAACAGAGCAUUAACACUCAGUCUGCUUAGGCGAGAUGGCCCAGGUCUUUGCGUUUAUAUCAGUGAUGUUUUCCAGGGGAACGCGGUCCCCCCCACUUUUUUUACCACUGGGGGAACGGCGUCCCCCUGCCUAAAUCAAGCAUGGGGGAACAGCGUUCCCCCUGGCAGGGAUAAAUAUGAGUGAAUUUCAGUGAACGCAGUUCGACACCGUCCAAAUAAUUUUGGCUAUCACUUGUACUUUAAAGGCAAUAAUUGCUCUGCAUCUUACGUAGAAAUACUUCAGAACGUAAUUUUGUCACUAUUUUAAUCUCCCUGAAACUUGAUAUACUUGCAGAAAAUUCUAGCAGACUAGCACAAAAAUACUAGAGUCUGAUAAUUCAUGUGAAUCGCGUCCGCUUAGAUAAGUACUUAUUGUCAUAUUAAGCGUGGAUAACGGCAGGAUAUUAUUAGUAUAGUCUUUCGCGCAAUCGUGAAAUUAAACAUUAAAAUGAACAUUACUAUUAUCAAUGGGAACAUAAAAUGAUUCAAUAAUCUGAACAUUAACAUGAUUAAAUGGGAAAAAUUCAAGGAUAUCUAUUAUCUAAGCUUAUUUAGUUACUCGUUCAUUAACAUGAUUAAAUGGGAAAAAUUCAAGGAUAUCUAUUAUCUAAGCUUAUUUAGUUACUCGCGAAAACGUCAUAUUUAACUUGCAAAGUUGCCUGCUUGCCGAGUUGCCGGCUUGCCGCAUACUCAGUGCUCACAAAUUCGAAAGUCAACGUGGUUUUAUUGGCUUUUUGACAUCUACCGUGAGCAAGCUAGGUGGGUUUUUUUAGGUAACAUGUUUUACUAAAUCCACUUCAAAAAUUAAGCUAUUGCGACGUCUGGUUCACUGUGACUAUGCAUGAGGCCACGCCCAAUUGAGUGACCACGCCCAUAUGAUUUUCAAGAGCGUCCCCCCAUUUCUAAAAUUAGCAAAACAUCGCUGGUUUAUAUGGGAAUUUCCCAGCCCGGUCACCUGAGUUCUCGGGCCAAUCAAGGCGGGAACUCGCUCAGGUGGGUUAGCUCAUAUCCCAUGUAAAAGCAAAAAGAAAAUUAGAGCUGAAAUCAGCAAUUCAUGAUCAAGUCUUCAAAUGACUUUGUUAAGAAAAACAUAAGAUUAGGGGCUGUUAUUUUAAUUUAUUUAUUUACUUUGCCAUCAUACUUAUACUGUACAUUCAUUGGCUGGGAAACCACUGACAACAGCUAUUGCCACUAAUUACAGUGGCCCGAACAGUUAUACGAAAACAAUUUACUGUACAAGGUAUACUAAACACACACAAUAAACAAUACUUUAACAACAGUCAUAACAUGAUGUCUAAAACAGCAUGUCAAUGGAGAGUUUAUAUGGGGCGAGCCAGCCGAGCACCCGAGCUGGCCCGGUUUAGGUGAGAUCCCGCCUUUGUUAUUAUUUCUAAAACAAAGUGCAUAACAUAAACAAGGAAACAAUUUUUUUGUAGCAAUUAAUUUCUGGCAAAACAUUAAAACAACUUGCCCAAUUGGGCAACCAACAAGCAACUUAACAUCUACUUGCCUGCAAUAAGUAAAAAAAAAAAUGUGGGUUUCCGGUUUCCCGACCCUACCUAGCAUUUUUUGGCCUAACUUUCACUUGCCACAGGCAAGCGUUACUUUACAUCACUGCUUUCCAUAUCCAGGCUAGUCAGUAUGUUGAUUCGUACUAAUCCUUAAGACAGUUCAUACCCACAGUUUAAGAUCACUUUGUGCCUGAAUUUUUAUGGUGAAAGUUUAAGUUGAAUUUGUAAUUUUAUUUAUGAUUAAGUUUUUAAGUUUGUUUCUCUUGCCUUAACUUAUUAAGAACAAGAUACCUGCUCAGCUUAGGCAUUGACUCAGGGGAGGGAACACUGCAGUCAAACAUUUGCACAUAUACUGUAUAUUAAACAAAUUUUGUGUGUGAACAAUCAAUAACAAAAUUAAGCACCCAGCUAGCACUACUGAGGAAAAUUACACACACAGUUGAUAAUUUUCUAACAAUUUAUUACGCUUUGCAAGAUACAGUGAGUAUAUUCAGCUUUAUCUGCUUCUUAAUGGUAAUUCAAUUCUCUCCCAAAGGUGUGGGAAGUCUGUCGAAUAUUUCUCGAUAAAGAGAGUGAAACUUGAUGCUCAAAGAUCAGACCUCUUCAACUUUUAUUCUGUAGACUUGAACACCUAAAACAAAAUCGAACCAUUGCACUUUCGCGAUAUGAAACCGGAACCACAGAUUUGUUUUAGGCCCAAUGAGGAAAACUACGUACACUGUAUAUAGCUGAGGUCAGACUGUUAGCACCCUCGGUAAAUCCACUGUAAAUGAGCGAUGGCAUUCGAGUCACAACGUCGACGCUUUGAAAACUGUUAUAUUGUGUUGUACAAAUACCAUUAUUAAAGAUUCAUUUGUACAAAAUUGCCUGUACAUUUUUUGCUUUUGGACCAGUAAACUAUACGUAGGUAUAAAAACACAUGACUCUGAAGUAGUCUUAGGUACGUCUUGACUCUUAAGUUUGCACCAGAUCAGGUACGAGGCAAAAGUUGUCGGAGUACCAGUCAGGUACGGCUAAAAAUAUUGAAUUAUCGCACCCUGAUGUUUAAUGGCAAUUAAAAUUACCAUGGAAACAGUUACUUUUACUAAUUUUCUCAAAAGAAACCGGCAUAUAAAAGACUAAAAAAACUUUGCAAAAUCUUUUUAAAAGCAGAUGAACGUUUUGAAACGUGUAAGAAUGUGUUAGAACGUUUUAAAACGUGUUGGAACGUUCUACAACGUUUUAAGGCAAAAUUCUCAACAUGUAUGCCAAGGGGGUUUUGGUGUCCAUGUAAGACUCUCAGAUAUGCGAAUCUUUCAGAACGUGGUCACUUGAUCACGGCCGCCGAGAGGUUGGCGGGGGGCCAGGGCAAAAAAAAAUUUAGGGGCCCCUAUCUAAAAAAUUUUUCCUGGAAAAUUGUUUUUUAGGAGAACAACCUCCCCCCGUUGACAACUUUUUAGGUAAAAAAAAAACAGCACCUUGGGGCCCUGGCAGGGUUUUUUCAGGGAUUUUUUUAAUCUUGAAUUGAGUUUUGAAACUCAAUCUUCUCACCAAAGUUUCAAUGCAGUAAAAAUGAAAUUGUUUGAGUUAAAUUCGUGACAUGUGGAAAUUAUUUUUCAGUUGGAAACCCGACAAUUAAGAAAAAAUGGCUGGAAUUCAUCUCACAACACAAGAAAAACUAUGCAUUCGCCAUCUUUAACCAGUUUAUAGUGUCCCUCAGUGCCCCUGCUUUAACACAUUCCGUCUCAACUACAUUUAUUGAGUACAAGUGUCAGCCCCCCGGUAGGGGGGGGGGGGUGCAACCACCCCAGCUGUUCAGCUAAACUUAAUCUUCUCUGCAAAAACAGACCCAAGAGAAAAUCCUGAAAAAAACCUGGGGCCCGGGGCAAUUUGCCCCCCCCCCUGCCCCCCCCUCUCUGCGGCCCUGCACUUGAUUAUUGUACAGUAUAACUUUACUGUACGUUUUGUGUGCUGUCUGAGUUUGAAUUAUAAUAACAGAAUCAAAGAAAUUAUAAUAAUAACAUUAAUUAAUGUGCAUGAUCUAGUAUAGCGUACUGUAUUUGCAUAUUUUUUCUAUUUAUAUCUUACUCUUUACACUCUUUGUAUCAGACAUGAAUACGCAGUACUACUGAUAGGAUGUUAGACUGUAGCCUGUAGCAGACAAUUAGAAAUCAUUUGACUAAACUUAGGUUUUGCUGGCAAGGCCGCACACAUGGGGGGGGGGGGGGCAGGUGUGGGCAGCAGGGGCUACUCCCCGCCGGAGAAAAUUAAACUGACGAUUUUUAUUAAACGAAAUGGCUUAUAAUCUUGUGAAUCAGAAUGUACAAUUCUGUAUGGGGCAGCCACAUUGCAGUCAUAAAUAUGCAUCUAACUGAUAUGGCGGCUUUAAAUGCAUUUAUAUGUGGGUACGUAUUUCAGCAUACUGCCCCUUGAUGAAAAGUCAUGUGUACAUCUCUGUCAGCUGGCUUGGAAAUUUUAACCAUUACACUUUUGUAUAUGUUUGUAUUUAACCGAUAAUAUUGUUAAAAGGUUACAAAAGGUUAAAAAUAUGAACUUCUGGUUAGUGUUUGGCAACUGGUAUCUGACAUAUGUAAUUGUACUGUAGCUCAGUGGUCAUAACCGGAGUUGCAGUGCCAUAGAUUUGAUUCCUGCUUGGGGGACUAUGGUUCCAUUUUUAUCAGCAGCUAAAAUAUUAUAUGAUUUUGUUCGAAAUUUCCGUCCACGAAAACCAUUAACAUUACACUAUCUUUCAGAAAUUGAUGAUCGAUCAGAAACCGUUCUAUCUGUUUGGACGAAAUAAAGAUGCUUGUGAUUUCCCACUGGAUCAUACGUCAUGUUCAAGAGUUCAUUCUGCCUUAGUAUUUCAUAAACAUUUAAAGAGACCUUUCUUAAUCGACUUGAAAAGUAGUAAGUAA